UGAAUACUCACUACAACUAUAAUAGUUUAAGCUAAGAUGAAGGAGAUGAUGAUCAGCAACAUCAAGUUACAACGUUUUUGGUUUAGUCUGUGUCAAUACGUGUCUUUUCUGGCCAAAACAUUCUUCUUCUUGGUUACAUGUCUAUAUCGCCAUAUCCUUCUUAGGGUACACCCAUUAUGGAUUCAAAUAGGCUAUUUCAUGUCUCUUUCCUUUCUGGGUUUCUGUCUUCUGAAACUAAUCGAACCCAGAAAUUACAACCAUUCUUCUUCAAGAACAAAUAUUAGUGGCCUGGACUUGUUGUUCACCUCUGUGUCUGCCUCCACCGUGUCAAGCAUGUCCACUGUUGAAAUGGAGGUUUUCUCUAACCCUCAGCUCAUCGUCAUGAUCAUGUUAAUGUUACUGGGAGGUGAAUUGUUCACCUCCAUGAUCGGUCUCUUCUUCAUCAGAUUGAAGCUCAAAACCCACCAAGACAAAGUAGCUACGUCUUCUGUUAGUAUCCCCACAGUUACUUCCAUUCUUGAUCCAUUUGAGUUGGAGAUGGUGGAAGCAGCAGCAACAUCUGAUCAUAAUAAUAAUAAUCCACAUAACAUGAAGGAACAACCUGAAAGUGACGAGUCAUCAUCUGUAGCAGGCCAUGGAGGAUAUUUAGGUUACAACUCAAUCAAAUACCUAGGUUUUGUCGUCUUGGGUUAUCAAGUAGUUGUCCAAGUCGUGGGCAUAACAAUGGUGUCUGUUUACCUGUCCACCGUUUCUAGCGCUAAACAAGUUUUGAAGAACAAGGGAUUGGAGCUGUUCACGUUCUCUGUCUUCACGGUGGUUUCUACAUUCGCAAGCUGUGGAUUCGUUCCAACGAACGAAAACAUGAUUGUUUUUGCCAAGAAUUCUGGUCUGUUGAUGAUGCUGAUUCCUCAGGUGCUACUGGGGAACACGUUGUAUCCUUGUUGCUUGAGAUUCUCGAUCUGGGUUUUGGGGAAAUUUGUGAAGAAAGAGGAAAGCGAGUACCUUGGGAAGAACUCGCACGAGGUUGGGUACAAACACUUGCUUACGAGGGAGCAUUCGAGGUUUCUGUUAGUUACAGUUAUGGGGUUUAUCGUUGUGCAGUUCAUAGUGUUCUGUUCGUUGGAUUGGAGUUCGGUAGCACUGGAGGGACUGAGCGGGUACGAGAAAGUGAUUGGGAUAAUGUUCCAAAGCGUGAAUUCCAGACAUACAGGCGAGACAAUUGUGGAUCUCUCCGUCAUAUCCCCUGCCAUCUUGGUGCUGUUCGUGGUCAUGAUGUAUCUUCCUCCAUACACGUCAUUUUUACCCGUGAAGAAGGAGGGGAAGGAUGGAGAGGGCAAUAGCGACCAGAGGAGAAGAAAGAGAAGAGGAAUAUUAGUAGAGAACAUGAUAAUGUCACAACUCUCCUAUCUAGUCAUCUUCAUCUUCAUCAUCUGCAUCACUGAGAGCAAGGGUCUCACUCAAGAUCCUCUCAACUUCAACGUCCUCAACAUAGUGAUUGAAGUCAUCAGUGCAUAUGGGAAUGUGGGGUUUUCCACGGGGUACAGUUGCAAGAGAAGGAUAAAGUUGGAUGAGUAUUGCAAGGACAGGUCAACUGGUUUCGCAGGGAGGUGGAGCCCAGAAGGGAAGAGCAUUCUCAUGUUGGUUAUGCUUUUUGGAAGGCUUAAGAAGUUCAACAUGGAUGGAGGCCAAGCUUGGAUCCUCCUUUGAUCACUUAUGGAUGAGAAUGGAUCAUCUCAAGUUAGAGAAAUAUUUACAUGAAUUUUAUGAAAUUUGUCUUUUUAUCAAAGACAUAAAAAUUUUAUGUUUUAUUUAUAA